AGGGUGACACGGCUAUAAGACGGUGUCCAUCCCCUCCCUGACUUGGAAACGCAGCCUUUUUAUAUACAUCUGAUCAGCACUUAUUAGCUAGCCUUGAUACUUGGGUAUCUCUGCUUCAUCCCUCGUCUCUUGCGCGCCCAAACAUACAGCCCCCUACUCCUAACAAGUCAAGAGACUGCCACAAUGGCACUACUUCCUCGUAACGAUGCCUUGGAAACCCACCCACCGGCGGGGAACCAACAGCUGUCGACUAAUGGCUCGAACUGGCUGUUUGCUGUCACCGCCCUCUUCGGCUUCUCUCUUCUCGGCUUCUUCGCCCUGAAGUUCCGCGCCAGAGCCGGCGAGCGCUUCUUCCACUAUCUUUUUAUCAUUGCCACCUUCGCCGGGCUCAUCGCCUACUAUGCCAUGGCAUCCGAUCUUGCCUGGACCCCCGUGCGCCAGGCUAACCAGCUCGGCCGCAGCGGCGCCAUCCGCCAAAUCUUCUGGGCCAAGUACGUCUUCUGGGUGAUCGCUUUCCCCAUCAUCAUCAUCGCCCUCGGCGUCCUGUCCGGCGUCGCCUGGACCACCAUCGUCUACAAUGUCGCCCUCUCCUGGGUCUGGAUCAUCUCCUACCUCGUCGCCGCCUACACCCCCUCCAACUACAAGUGGGGUUUCUUCGCCUUCGGCUUCCUAGCCCACCUCUUCCUGCUCUACUCGACGGUGCGGCACGGCCUGCGCAGCGCCAACCGCGUGGGCGUCCGACGCGACUACCUCUCGCUCAUCGGCUGGGUCAACUUCCUGUGGCUGCUGUACCCGCUCGCCUGGGGUCUGACCGAUGGUGGUAACUACCUCGGCGUCACCCCGAGCUUCAUCUGGUUCGGCAUCCUCGACCUGUUCCUCGUGUUGGGCGUCGGCUUUGCCAUCGUCUUCCUGUCCCGCCGCUGGGACUACGGCCGCCUCAACAUUGCCUUCACCCAGUACGGCCGCGUCCCGGCCCACGCCGGAACCUUCCCCGAGAAGGAGCCGCAUACCGCUCCGGCUACCGCCCCCACCCCCGCCCCCGGUCCGGCGACGGCCACGCCGGCUGGUAAUGCCGCUGUUUAAGCCGGCCUUGAUGGUCGGCGUAGCUAAUAGCUCUUUUUUCAAGGGGUGAUGCUAAGAAGAGAAGGUUGGAUGGAAUAGGGGGUGAAGCUCGCUUCCCCCUUU